AUGUUAACUCUGGUUGUGUUCUUGCUUUGUACAGCCGCCUCUGUCUCCACUUCUGCCAAAGGUGGUGCUGCUGGACCCCGACUGAACAACAACCAGCUGUACAAAUUCAGCUACACCACCGAGGUGCUGGUGGACAGGACCAGGGGGUCAAAAGAGGGCAGUGCUGGCUACAGGAUCUCGAGUGAUGUGGACAUCAACCUAGUCUGGAGAGAUCCCAGCAGCAAGGAUGACCAAUUGAUUCAACUGGCGAUCUCAAAUGUGAGGAUCGACCCUGUGUCCCGUCGAUCAGAGAAGAAGAACGUCCUCCAUGGAUCCACAGUGGAAAGCGUUUUGGGGAAAACCAAACUAGCAGCUCUGACAAAACCUUUCUUGGUGCAUCUGAGAAAUGGAAAGGCAAAAGCAUUUUAUUCCUACUGGGCCGAACCUGCAACCAUCAAGAACCUAAAAAGAGGGCUGGCCAGCUUAGUGCAAGUUCAGCUCAGUACUGGGAAGGUUAUAGAGAAUGACGUGUCUGGAAGGUGCACAGUCGAGUACAAGGCAGUCAAAGGUCAAGUGACAAGAACCAAGAUCCUGGAGACGUGUAGGACUGCAGAGACCGGAUUCACCACACACAGUCAGGUCUUGGGUGUGAGCAGGAAGUCCAGUUCUGUUACAGUGUUCACACUUGAAGAUGGUUUCAUCCGCUCGGCCGUAGCUGAAGAAACACACUCGCUGGCUGUUAACGCCCGCAGAUCUGCUGCAGCUAAAGUCCUGUCGAGACAAACCCUCACGUUGGUAAGAACAGAGGCUGGAGCGCCGGAGGCUGCUGGGAAAGAUGUGACUGGGGUUGUCAAGUCAAUCGAUGGCAAACUGGCAGCUGUUGGUAUCAUUGCGGAGAAGGUCAAAUCCCAGUGCAAGGGCUGCCCAUCACUUUUUGAACAUUGGCAGGCCGAACAGAAGCAGCUGGAGCCAGCGAGCCUGUCCAAAGCCACGGCUCCUCGCAGCUUCCUGGCCCUCAUCCAGAGCAUUAGGAAGGCAUCCAAGGAUGAGAUUCUCAAAGUGCUGAAGAGUGCCAGCAAGACAUCUCUACCUCAGGUAGUGGAUGCUGUGACCUCCUCCCAAACUGCUCCAUCUCUGAAUGCCAUUCUUGAAUUCCUUAACUUCACCGACGCCAAAGGUUUUGUUCUUCAGGAAAGGUUUCUCUAUGCAUGUGGCUUUGCUUCACAUCCCAAUGAGAGGAUGCUCGAGGCUCUGCUGGAUAUUUCAAAAGGAAAGAUCGGCAACAAUGACAUUAAAGAGUCAGUGGUGAUUAUUAUGGGAGCCCUUGUGCAUAAGCUGUGUCAGAAAGGAGGGUGCAAGUUACCGACAGUAGUGAAGGUGAAGAAGCUGAUUUUAGACGGCCCUGACAGCACAAAGGUAGAGUCCGAGGUCCAGAUGUAUCUUCUGGCUCUGAAGAACUCUAUGCUUCCCGAGGCCAUUCCCAUCUUUAUCAAAUAUGCAGAGUCAGAGGUGGGAGCUUACAGCACCAUCGCCCUCACCGCGUUGCAGCGAUACGAUGUCAGUCUCAUGACCGAUGAGGUUAAGAAGACAGUGAACAGAGUUUACCACCAGAAUCGACGGAUCUAUGAGAAAAACGUGAGAGCUGCCGCUGCUGAUGUCAUCCUCAGUAGCAACCCCUCAUACACAGAGGUCAAGAAUCUGCUUCUGUCUAUUGGGAACCUGCCUCAUGAAAUGAACAAAUACAUGCUGUCUAAGAUCCAGGACAUCCUCCGCUUCCAGUUGCCUGCCAGCAAAGUCAUACAGAAAGCUAUUAAGGACAUGAUUUCCCAUAACUACGACCGUUUUUCAAAAGUCGGGUCAUCGUCUGCAUUCUCCGGAUUCAUGGCACAAUCUGCUGAUUUGACCUCCACAUACAGCUUGGACAUCCUUUAUUCAGGCUCUGGGAUCCUGAGAAGAAGCAACAUGAAUAUUUACGGUGCUAGUAAUGGAGCGAUGCUACAUGGACUGCAGGUGGCAAUUGAGGCACAGGGUCUGGAGUCACUGAUUGCUGCCACACCCGACGAGGGAGAAGGAGACCUGGAGUCGUUUGCUGGGAUGUCGGCUCUGCUGUUCGACGUCCAGCUGCGGCCUGUCACGUUCUUCAAGGGUUACAGCGACCUCAUGUCCAAAAUAUUCUCCAUGACCGGGGAGCCCAUGAAUGUAGUGAAGGGUCUCAUCCUGCUGACUGAUCAUUCUGAGGUGAUUCAGCUGCAGUCUGGCCUGAAGGCGAGUGCAGAGUUCCAAGGAGGGUUAGCAAUUGACAUCUCUGGCGGCAUGGAGAUUAGUCUGUGGUACAGGGAGUCCAAGACCAGUGUCAAUAACAGGGGAGCGUUAGUGGUCACUGGCAACGUUACAGUUGACAUGGACUUUAUGAGAGCGGGUGUGGAGGUCAGUUUCGAAACAGAGGCAUCGCUGGACUUCAUCACUACUGUCCAGUUUUCCGAAUAUCCCUUCCUGGUAUGCAUUCAGAUGGACAAAGCCACCUUCCCCAUCAGGGAAUACCUGACCAAGUAUGAGAGCUUGUCUUCGGGAAAGAGCGUUGUGUCGUCAAAGAGCAAGAAGCAGCUCGUCCCUGGCUCUGAAUUCCCCCUUCACCAGGAGAACUCAAACAUGUGCAAGAGGGUUUUUGACUCCAGCUGGUAGAAGAGAUACCAUGAACUAUCCAGGAGCCAGUUUUUACUCUUGAGGGUUUAUUGCAUUCAGGGACAGCUAUCACACCUCAGCCUCAUGCUGAGAGGACUGCAAGAGAGAAAGUGGUGAAUGUUUUUUUAACAACACAUACAAUGUUUACUUUCCUGUGAAUAUUUAAG